AACAAUUCUUCCAACAUCAAGACCACUUUUCCUUCAUUUUAAAAGUCUCUACCCAAGAAGUGCUCCACUUACUAAAGGAGCCAUGAAUUCAACCACGGCGUCUUAUCAAAGCUCCCACUCUCACGAGGACGGCAAUUCUGGCACACCUCCUAAACAGAUGGGUGCAAUUCAAAAUCUUAAGCUGAACGAUGGAAAUGAGAUUCCAAUGCUUGGAUAUGGCCUUGGUACCGCUCGAUACAAGCCGGAUCCCAAUUCACCAGAUGACCCAGAAUUGGUGAAGACUGUAGUAAUGGCUAUCAAAGCUGGAUAUUACCAUUUGGACGGAGCCGAGGUGUACGGGAAUGAGAAGGAACUUGGAACAGCUAUCAAAGAAGCUGGUAUUCCUCGCGAGAAGCUCUAUGUGACGACCAAAAUCUCAGGAACAAAAGUCCAAAAUACACAAGAAGCUUUCGAACUUUCUCUCAAGAAGCUCGGGCUCGAUUAUGUCGACCAGUACCUAAUUCACGCACCAUACUUCGCCAAGUCUGAUGCCGACUUGCAAGCCAAAUGGGCUGACAUGGAAGCUAUCCAUGCUUCGGGAAAGACAAAGAGCAUUGGAGUUUCCAACUUCUUGAAGCCUGAAUUGGAAGCUAUUCUCAAGACUGCCAAGGUCGUCCCGGCUAUCAACCAAAUCGAAUAUCAUCCGUAUCUGCAGCAUGGGGACCUUGUUGAUUUCCACCGGAAGCACAAAAUCGCUACAUCCGCGUAUGGUCCUCUGACUGCUGCUGUCAGGGCAAAGCCAGGACCACUAGAUGGAACGUAUGAUCAACUGGCCAGGAAGUAUGGAGUCACACCAGGAGAGAUCGCGUUGAGAUGGGUCAUUGACCAAGGGAUUGUAGCUUUGACCACGAGUGGGAGUGAGCAAAGGUUGAAAGGGUAUCAAAAGGUUGCUCAAUUCAAGUUGACGCCAAAGGAAGUUGAAGAGAUUGCAGAGCUUGGUAAACAGAAGCAUUACAGGGGCUUCUGGAAGGACAAAUUCGCUCCCGAUGAUCGAUCCUAAGUCGAAACAUGUAAAUCCUUAUCGGAGGAUAUAUCGACAAAACAUUGGCGAUGACGAGGUGUGUAGAGUAAGAUUAGCCCUUAGCUCUCAUUCAAAGUCUUUCCUCCGAUCAGGACUAUUGCCUAGCUAUGGUACAGCCUUGUCCUUAGCUCAGGCACAAAUUCCCGCUAAAACUUUUUGUCUAUAUGGAUUUAAUUAAGCACUUUUUGUUCUGUCGCUUCAAAAACCACCUCGGGGAGUGGUUUUCUACGGAUUCACCUCAGAGCUUUGGGUUCUGGGCUGGCCUGAGUUUUUGCCGUUUUCUGUCU